AUGGCGUCCAACCGCAGUAUGCUGGAUCGCCUCUCGUGCAGGCAAGUACUGAACAUCAUGGUGAUCCUCGGUUUCAUGCUGAACUAUAUGCUGCGCGUGAAUCUAACGAUAGCAAUCGUCUCGAUGGUGAUACCGAGCAACAGUAGCAGUCAACAUUCGCAUUCCAACGAAUCGGCAUUGGUGCUGGAUGAGUGCGCUGCCCGGACGACAAUGAUGAACGACCUCACCCUAAUCGGCGACACCAGGACCUCGGUGGUCGACGUUGCCGUUAAUAGAGUCAACAAGACGAACAAUGACACUGCGUUCGCUCCAGCGUUCCCACAGUGGUUCCACAAGGAGGAACGAGCGCAGAUCAAGUAUCCUUGGAACGAAUAUCAGGUCAACCUGAUUCUCGGCAGCUUCUUUUGGGGCUACAUCUGCACGGAGAUACCGGGCGGCCGGCUUGCAGAAGUUAUCGGUACCAGACGAGUUUUCGGCUACAGCAUGUUGGUGUCAAGCUUCAUCACCCUGUUGACACCGUUGGCGGCCAACUUCGGCUACACCACGGUCGUCAUACUGAGAGUCAUACUGGGAUUCAUGCUGGGUGCCACCUGGCCUGCCAUCCAGCCAAUGACUGCUCGAUGGAUUCCACCGACGGAGCGUAGCAAGUUCGUCUCUAACAUGAUGGCCUCGUCGCUCGGCGCCGCGAUAACCAUGCCGAUAUGCGGCUUCCUGAUCGCCUCGCUCGGCUGGGAGUCCGUCUUCUACGUGACCGGCGUGAUCGGGAUUAUAUGGAGCGUGGCAUGGUUCUUGCUGGUGUUCGACUCGCCCUCGCAGCAUCCGCGCAUCAGCGUUGAAGAGCGCCGCUAUAUCGAGGAUUCGAUUGGAGCAACCGCCACAACCAAGCAUUUGCCAGUGCCAUGGCGUUCACUUAUCACUUCGGGAGCCGUCUGGGCUAUCGUGGUAACGCACGCGUGCAGCGUCUUCGGUUACUUCACCGUCGUCAAUCAACUUCCGACUUACAUGAAGUACAUUCUGCACUUCAAUAUUAAGGAAAACGGGCUGCUAUCCUCGUUGCCUUAUCUCGGCAAAUACAUCUUCGCAAUUGUGACAUCUACUCUGGCUGAUUACCUGCGUCGCACCAACAAAUUAUCCGUUACUGCGAUCCGUAAAAUUUUCACGACGUUCGCUGUGCUAAGUCCCGGUUUUCUCAUGGUGGUCCAAGCAUAUUAUGGUUGCGAUCGCGUGGCAUCAGUCACCAUAUUCACUAUCGCCCUGACGAUAAAUGGCGCCGUGACAGCUGGUUAUCUCGGGAAUGGUCUCGACAUCGCGCCCAACUUUUCCGGGACGAUUUUCGGUAUUGCUAACACCUUCAGCUCGAUGGGCGGUUUCCUCAGCAGCUUUAUGGUCGGCACUAUCACGUACAAGAAUCAAACCUACACGCAGUGGACUAUCAUAUUCUGGAUCCUGGCGGUUACUUAUUUCAUAGGAGCAUUGACUUUUGCCAUUUUUGGCACCGGUGAAUUGCAGAAGUGGAACAACCCGUUCAACAGCAGCCAGAAGAAGAAAAACGAGAUCACCGUGGAGGAUGUCGAGUCGAUUCCUCUCAAAAACAAAACAAUCUCGUAGCAGCGAUUAGAAAUGUUUAGAUUGUCGUAACCGUAUCCGUACGAGACAAGUACGAAUGGAGGUGUCGACUUACCGCGACACGAUAUAUUCCAAAUGGGACAGUAUUCGUUUUUAUAAUCGAAUUUUUUAAAUCGAUCAGUCAAUCUUUGAACUAGACGAUGAAUUGUAAGACAUUUCUUCAUUGCCUAGUUACUUCUCGUUUCAGAUUGCAUGGAGUACGUUUUUUUUAUUCUCUGAACGAAAGUAAUUUAUUAUCAUAAAAAUUCUUGUUCUGUAAAUAGUACAAUUCAUCAGAAUUAUACUGCAUAGGUAUAAAUUUUGAUCUUUUUUAGUUUUUCUUAUAAUUAUAUCGAGUCACGUUCGCUCUUCUUCUUAGUUCUUUCACCGAAUUCAAAACUAAUUGAAAGAGAGAGAGAGAGAGAGAGAGAAAAAAAGUUGUAGCAUGAUUCGGUGCGUUUUUAUUAUCACUAAUAUAUUAUAAUAAAUUCGUGUAGUUACCAAAGAAAGAUAAGCGAAACGUUUAGCUUAGUUUAGCGAAACUAAGCGGUUACUCGAUAUGAACCGUUGAUACAAUUUUACAAAUAAAUAGACAAAUUUUUUUAGCAAU